AUGGACACGUCGUCAACCCUCGCGACGAGCGCCACCCCGACAAUUCCCGCCGAACAGCUUGCCGCACUUACAUCGCUGCUGUCGGGACUCACCGCUGCCGCUUCCGGCACUACCGCACCCGCCACGACAUCCGGCUCCAAUCGCAAUGCCUUCCCGAAGCAUGCGCGGUUGGACGGGCCGAAGACGUUCGCGAACUGGACACGCCAGCUUCGCCUGUGCCUAGCGGACGACAUCCGCUCCUACGUCCUCGACGGAAUCACCCCCGACGAUUGGACGCCUUCGCAACGCUCCGCCCGCGACGUCGUGGCACGCGAGAUCCUUGCAAACUCAAUCGACUCGGCCGAAGUCUCGGCAGUCCUCGACAAGAUCCCUACGGCCGACCUCACAGCGCCCAAGAUUUACUCGACGCUGAAAUCGCGAUACGCCCCUGAUGACGCCACUCGCACGCUCGAGCUCUUCUCGCGACUCUGGGGCUUCCGACCCAUGCCCGGAACGGUUGGCGAAUUUGACAGUUGGAUCAUGGACUUCAAGUCGGUCGCGCAAGAGAUCAUCGAUACGAAAACGACGAUCAACGACGUCCUUGCCACACUCCUCCUCGCGAUCGCCCACCCGUCACUCGAGAGCUUCAAGGCAACGUUCACCGACGAACAACGCACGCAACGAACUCUCCCUGACAUCGAUUCAGUGGCCGACCGUAUGCGAGUUCAACUCCGGUCAACGAACCUCUCCAACGAUCAAUCGGCCCUCCUUGCCUCGUCGUCGCCACGUUCUACCCGUACCAAGUGCCUCGCCUGUCGCAGCUCUUCUCACCGCGUCGCACAAUGCCCUACAAGGGCCCAGCAUCCACCGCCAGGCCCGUGUCGCUCCUGCAAGAAGAAGGACCACUGGUCUUUCGACUGCAAAAAGGCUCUUGAGGACGGGAAAACGCCCGACACCUCUGAUGCGCAACACCAUGUCGGAUGUCUCGCCACCGGUCUUCUCGCACAUCGUCGUCAGCUUCGCAACAACUCCUUCGUCGUCGACUCGGGUGCCACUUCGCACAUGGUCUCGGACAAGUCGCUGUUCACGGCCUAUCGCCACAUCGCUCCUACGAAGAUUGGUGGUAUUGCAGGGGGCAUCAACGCCGUCGGAACGGGAAACAUCGCCUUUGUUGCCGCCUCCGGUCACCCGAUCACGCUUACCGGCGUGCUGCACACCCCGGGCCUGUCUGUCAACCUCCUCUCGGUCUCUCGACUUUGCGACACCGACGAUGUCCGUGUCGCCUUCACGAAGCACGGCAUCCAUAUCGACAAGAACGGCAAUGCUAUCGCUGAAGGCGCAAGACUCGAGGAAGGGCUCUACUUGCUGGACGCUGAUCAUUCCAAAUGUCAGCAUCUCGCUCUCCUCUCUCGCUCACAGUCUUCCGUGCCCCUGCUGACCCUUCACCGCUGCCUCGGCCAUCUCGCACCGUCGUCCAUACAGAAGAUGGUUGCCGCUGGUUUGCUGGAAGGUCUCGGGGCCGGAUAUAGUGACGAAGAGGUAGAGAAGUUUGUCUGCAAUGCUUGCCUCAGUGCAAAGGGCCAUCGUCUUCCUUUUCCCGAUUCGGACUCGCACUCCUCAGAGAGACUCGGCCUCGUACACAGCGAUGUGCUUUCCUUUCCCGAGUCGUCCUUGACUGGCAAGCGUUACCUGGUCACGUUUCUUGACGACUUCUCGCGCAAACUGUGGGCAUACGCGAUCGGACACAAAAGCGAAGUCUUUGGCGUGUUCAAGACAUGGCUUGCCGAGGUCGAACUCGAGACGGGUGCAAAACUGAAGGUCCUCCGAACCGACAAUGGUGGCGAAUACUGUUCGAGAGCGUUCACGGAAUUCUGUAAGGCACGCGGCACACGUCGACAAUACUCUAUCCCUCGAACGCCUCAACAGAACGGUCGUGCCGAACGAGUCAAUCGUUCUAUCGUCGAAGGUGUCCUUGCCCUCCUUGCAGACGCCCACUUACCCAAAUCAUUCUGGGAGGAGGCAGCAGCUUAUUUCGUCUACUGCAAGAACCUGUGCGAACACUCGGCCCUGGACAAGGCAACACCGAACUUCGCCUGGCAGGGCGACCGCACCAACGCCUCGGCGCUUCACCCGUUCGGCUGCACGGCUUGGCUCACAGUCGCGCCUGAACUUCGCUCGAAACUCGACCCGAAAGCGGUUCGCGUUCUCUUCACCGGCUAUGACCUGGCUUCUAAAGCCUUCCGUUUCUACGACACGACGACCAAGAAGAUCAGUUUGGGCAGAAAUGCCAGGUUCCUCGACAACGAAUUUCCCGGGUUACGUAGCGACUCCACCGAGCAAGACGCCGACACGCACUUCGCCAGCGCUUGCCCGACCACCGAAUCCCAAGCCGUUGUCAAGACAUGGACCCCACUAGUAAGGUUGGCGCACAUGGACGUCUCAUCCUCUCUUGAUGACUCUGCCAUGAGCGCCGUUGACGUGGCCCCAGGGUACACUGGCGGAACCUUACUUAAUUCCACAGAUGCCGAAUCGUCCUCGUCACCGUCUCCUGAGCCGUCCUCGUCACCGUCGCCCGCAACCCCCUUGUCACCGUCGCCUGCGCUGUCACCGUCGUUGGCUGCGUCAUCGUCACCCUCGGCCUUACCGACCGACUCUGACUACUCCGCCGACCCUCUGGACCUCAUCGGCUCACAGACCCCGACUCGCCUCGGCCCACCGGACGUGCACCGCCCAGACUUCAGCACGUACCGUGAGCCCGCAUCGGCUGAGGAGUCGCCCGACGAACUCGACAUCAUUGGGCGCCACUCGCGCGAUGAAUCGCCGGACGAAAUCGAUUUCCUCACCCAACACCACCGCGCCUUCAUCGCCACCGACGACGACAACUCUGACACAGAAGCCAUUCAACCAGUCAAGUCCAUCACCAGCGACCCACAGACAUGGCGCGAGGCAAUGUCGAGUGACAAGCGCGAAGUGUGGGCCAAGGCCGCUACCGACGAGUUCAAUUCCAUGCGCGACGACUUCAAGGUCUUCACCAUCGAGGACCGAUCCACGGUACCAGCGGGUGCGACCAUCGUCACAUCCAAGUUCGUCUGGAAAACGAAACGGAAUGCACUCGGCGAAGUCACCGGCCACAAGGCACGGCUCGUGGCGCAGGGAAAUCGGCAACGCGACGGCAUCGACUUCAACGAAACCUUCGCACCAGUCGCACGCUUCUCCUCGAUACGCUCACUCCUCGCGCUGGCGGCCGCCAACGGCUUGCACGUGCACCAGGCGGACAUCGACAAAGCCUAUCUGCAUGGCGACCUUGACCAUGACAUCUGGAUGACGACACCGCGCGGCUUCGACCUUCCCACCGACAAGGUGCUUCGUCUGCGACGCUCCAUCUACGGACUCAAACAGGCUGGCCGAAUCUGGAAUCGACACAUCGACGCAUCGCUUCGAGAUCUCGGCUAUACGGCGACGGGCACCGACCACUGCGUGUACUCUCGGAUCGACGAUCGGCGACGCCCACACUACAUCGCGCUGUACGUCGACGACCUCCUGAUGAUCAGCCCCGACUUGGCCGAAAUUGAACGUGUCAUCUCGGGCCUCGAACAACGCUACGGCGUCAAGCGCCUCGGCCCGGCAGAGUACAUCCUCGGCAUCCAGAUCAGGCGACUCGAAGACGGUUCUAUUGCCCUGUCCCAGGAACGGUACAUCAUGGACGUGCUUGCUCGGUUCCACUUCGACACCACGACUCGCGGCACUACAGUCCCGAUGACCCCCGGCCUUUCGCUCACCGCCAUCCCGGGUCAAGGCACCGAACGGAUCAGGUCAUGGUAUCUGCAGGCUAUCGGCUCGCUCCUCUACAUUUCGCUCGGCACCCGCCCCGACAUCGCCUUCGCCGUGUCCUACCUGGCCCGCUUCGCCAACAACCCUGGACGUCGUCACUGGAUCGCGGUCAAGCACAUCCUCCGCUAUCUCCGGGCCACAUAUCGCGACGAACUGGUUUAUGCUUGCGGCGAGACACGCAUCACGGGCGUGGUUGGCUACUCCGACGCGAACUGGGGGGCCUGCGUCGAUACGUCGGUGUCCACUAUGGGCUACGUCUUCUACAUUGCCGGAUCCGCCGUGUCUUGGUCGUCCAAGCGUCAAUCUCGAGUUGCCGAUUCUACCACCGACGCUGAAUACCUCGCCCUCUCGCAUGCUGGCAAGGAAGGGAUCUACCUCAGUCAGCUGCUCGAGGAGCUCCAUGUCCAACCUGUUGCACCGGCUCACAUUUUUACUGACAAUGAAGCCGCUGCCGCAGUUGCCCACGACCCUGUCCGCGUCUCCGGCACUCGACACAUACGCUUGCGCGAGCACUUUGUUCGGGACAUGGUGAAUCGGGGCGAUAUCUCACUCUCGCAUGUGGGAACCAGCAACAUGGUGGCCGACAUCUUCACAAAGGCUCUUGGCCCAAAGAUUUUCUCGACACACUGCUACGCACUAGGCCUUCGCACUCGACACCCACGGCUUGGAUCUGCCUCGCAUUCGCGUGGGGGGGGGUGUGAAGAGUCCACUCUCAGCUCGACAGGGGCGCCUCGGUCGUUGCGCGCGCCUGCUAGCCUGGCCCCUGUGGUGGGGACUUAG